AUCAUCUAAGUGAACAGACGACAAAAACUAAGCGAGCCGUUUUCGGGCGGGUUUUUGUGUUCUGAGCACUUUGCUUGUCUGAAGUACAUUGCCAGCCAAAUGAUGAAGCCAUCAUUCGUCGUUUAUUGCGUUUGCAUUGUAGUUUUGUCGCAUAUAAACGUGUAUAUAACAUGUGACUGUCCCGGGCGGAGCGCUGGCACUGAUGAGACGUGUCCGAUUUCUGACAGUGAUCACGAAAAACGUAAGUACUACAACGAGCGCUGGUCAGGUUACUUGCAGGCCAUAAACAAAAGCCUGGAGGGAUACGAUCCCUGCCAAGAUGAUGACAAUGAGGAAAAGUGUUCGUGCCAUAGAUCGGUGAUCGAUGACGACCUUAGCCCGUGGUCUAAGUCGGGCAUUUCCGCUGAGCUCGUCGAGCGGUCCAAGCCCAGGGGCGUCCUUUACCAAGUCGUCAACCACAAACUCUACAGAAGCAAAGAGUGCAUGUUCCCCUUCCGCUGCCUUGGCGUGGAGCACUUCAUCCUGAAGAUUGUGAACGAGCUGCCUGACGUCGAGUUCGUUCUCAACACACGCGACUGGCCGCAGGCGCAUAAGCGUAUCGAACCGUUGCCGGUCUUCUCAUUCAGCAAGACGCGCGACUACUCGGACAUAAUGUAUCCAGCAUGGACCUUUUGGGCCGGUGGUCCGGCCAUCAGCCUUUAUCCAACGGGCAUCGGCCGCUGGGACCUGCAGCGAGACAUCAUCACCAAGGCGGCAAAAGGAGCCUGGACUUGGGACAAGAAACAGGCUUUAGGAUUUUUCCGGGGGUCGCGAACAAGCUCGGAGCGUGACCCUUUGAUCCUACUGUCCCGGAGCAAGCCCGACCUCGUCGACGCGCAGUACACCAAGAAUCAGGCCUGGAAGUCGGACCAGGACACUUUGGGACGGCCGGCUGCCGAGGAAGUGCGCUUUGAAGAUCACUGCAAGUAUAAGUACCUCUUCAAUUUCCGUGGCGUCGCUGCUAGUUUCCGGCUCAAGCAUCUCUUCCUGUGCAAGUCGCUUGUACUUCACGUUGGUGACGAGUGGCUCGAGUUCUUCUACCCACAGCUAAAGCCCUGGGUCCACUAUAUCCCUGUCACAGUGGAUCUCCACGAGGUCGAAGAGCUGCUAGAGUUUGCAAAAGAAAACGACGAAGUGGUGCGUGAAAUAGCUGAGCGAGGCUAUGAUUUUAUUUGGAAACACCUUAGAAUGGAAGAUGUGCAAUGCUACUGGCGAAGCCUGCUCAAGAAAUAUGCCAGCCUUUUGCGGUACAAGGUUGUAAGAGACAUGUCUCUUAUUAGAAUCACAGAAAAGAACUAAACUGCGCCUUAGAGCCUUAACUAAAAUUUGAAGGCUGACAAGCUUUAUGGCUGUCAAGGUGCGUAGCUCUGCAUUGAAAGAGGUUCUUGCCAAAUUGGCACAGAGAUAACCCUUAUGCCAACUGGCCACUCCUGCUUUAAUCGAGGCAACUCCUUUCAAAGUCAUGGCUCAUUAUAAAAAAUACUGGAGAUAUCAACCACUGUGUGGGAGCUCUCCCAAAAGUCAAUUACCGAGAUCUGAGCAAGGUCACUGCAUGCCAGUCACGAGGAUCAAACAGAAGAUGCUCCACCUCUCGCCAUAUCACCCUUGAAGAAACACCUGGGCUGGCUCCAAAAGAUCGGAUUUUAAUAAACAUGGUUAAUGUUAGAUCUGCUUGGAACCAGGCAGAUCUUUGCCAAACGUUUAGGCUUGGAUGGCUGCUCUUGUAUGGGGACACGGUGCCAAAAACUUGUCAUGCCUCCAUAGUGUUGGUACCUAUGGAGGCAUGUCAUACCUCCAUAGGCAUGUACUAUUGCGCUCAGUGUGAGUUGUAACACAGUGCUAAUUGUCCAACGGGCCUCAAGAUUUAAUGGUGGCACCACCAUAUAAAAGAUUGGUGAUGUUAACACUGCUACAAUGACUGAUAUUCAGUUCAAAAAUUUUUUGUAUGUUGGUGCCACCGUGCAGCCGUGGAGACAUUGUACCACAGGCACCAGGUUGCAACUCACAGUGAGCAUGAUAAUACAUGGUAUCUACAAUUACUGAGAAGAUUUGACAAGUCUGAAGAGCAGUACAUCAUUUGCACCAUGGACCCCAGUGAUGCUGUGAAAGCUUUGGUGUCUGUGUAGUUGGCUAAUUUAUCAACUGCUUCGUUAUAAAACUGUGAGGCACCUUUCACCAGCCACAGAAGAGGAACUGCCCCCAGGAGCAUAUCUUCAAUUACUCUCUCUGCAACCUUCAGAUGCCAUACUUAUCUUGGUUCAUUAUGUGCACAAUUGAUGGCCAUCACAUACUGAUUUCACUGUAUCAUCAAGCACCAAUUUGUGAGACUCUUUACAAGCUAGGCACAUGAAUACAGUGGCAGGUGCCUAUCUCCUUUGGGCACUCUGUUCAGCGCACCUGUACGGACACUGAAGGGAGUACCCCGAACAAGUUCCUUCUCCUUUCCUCUUUGUUUCAUGCCCUCGGUAUGCAGAGCUGCUGUGGCUUUUCAUCUUCAUUGGUGACAUACAAUGUGAAUGGUGGAGGAACUUCUGUUAGCUGUCUGCUUUCGGCCAUCCACUGCCUCUGCUGUUUUGUGUGCCAUUUGUUUUUCUGCAUUUUUUUGUUUUUUAGCAUUGUGGAUAUAAUGACAGCCUGAAAAAAGCUGUAAUAUGCAGACCAUCAUAAAAGACUUUUGACCAGUAAAGCCACUCUAAUGGCCAGUUCAAAUGUCAUAAGUAUACACAUGUUUGUGCCUGCAAAGAUAGCUUGUGGCAUAAUUUGUGCCUGCAAAACAAGAUAAACGAAAAUGAUGUUGACAUUGUGCAAAAACUGCUUUCAUUUGUUGUGUGCAUUUGGUACCAUUUUUGGGACAAAUAUCUGUAUAUUCUUUACUCAUGAAUUAAUGUAGAAGCAUUUCAUCAUGGCAUUGCUACUUGUGAUCUGCUUCAUUACUUGCUUAAGGUCCUAGAAUUUGUUGUUUCUUGCUUAUGCCCUACUUUGCCUUGUACACUUUGACAAGUUCAGGAGUGCCAGAGAAAUGACACAGUGAAAUUUAACACCAUUCUGACUCCUUUUUUAUGUCUUUUUGCGCAUUGUUCCAUUUUGUCUCGAGGACAUUUCCAUUACUACUGGCCCCCUGACCUGUACGUAAACAGAUGUGGCAUAGAUACUUAUUCAGUUCGCUGCCACUUCAUCUUCAAUGUUAAAACGUUCUGAAAAGCAUUGUUGAGCCAUGAAAUAUUAAUGUAUUGUGGAGAAGUAGUGCUGGAAAAAUAGCAGUAUUCUUUUUCAUAAACAUUUUCACUGUGUGUCAUUAAUGCAUGUUGUAAAAAAUAGAAAAGACCUGGUGGUCUGCUGUAUUUAGUUAUGUGUGCCAUCUAAUGAGAACUUACGACAUGAAAAGAAACUUAAAUUACCAGCAAACCUUUCAUGACGUGACACAACACUGCUGUGUCGGCUGUGGGUAGGAGUAGCAUUCACCAACUCCUACAGCUAUCGUAUUGGAAUGGCGGACUCGCCAAUGUGUGCCAAGUGCAAGUGUGAAGAGACCAUCAGUCAUCUUCUGUGACACUGUUCUCGCUUUGGCAACCAAUGCCAGACUCUCCAGUGUGCCUUGAAUAGACUGGAUGACAGGCCAGUUACAGAAGCAAAGAUCUUGUGAGCCUGGCCUCACAGUUCAUUAGCCCAGAAAGCAGUUCGAGCGCAUCUUCACUACCUGAAGGCAACAGACUUGAGUGCCCGACUAUAGACAUCCUACAGCUAACUUAGUGUAUGUGAAAGUGCGGUAUAGACUCAUGUUUUUCUCUCUCUCUCUUUCACUCCCCAUUCCCCUCCCUAUGUGUAGGGUAGCAAACUGGACUCAGUCUGGUUAACCUCCCUGUCUUUCCUUCUUCCUUUCUCUCUCUCUCUAAGACAUGAAAAAGCCCUGCUAUAACCACGAAUGUUCAGAGGUGGUGAUAUUUCACUGGUGUGAGUGUAAGGGGAAGGCAGGUUACAUGGGCAAACAUCUGGUGAAAAAAAAAAUACUUUGCCUAUCCUACCAUGAUGCUGAUGUAUUGGCCAUUCUUAAUUGGUAGCAUUGUCAUAAAGAUGUGCAUGUAAAUAUUUCAAGAAGUGGCCUGUGUGUUAAUAACACAGAAGAAAUUCUACAGGUUGUACUGCUGACAUUGAUAUAUAUCAUUUACAAUGAGAAUAUUAGUUGAUUGAUUUAUUUAUUUAGUAUGGCCAGGACUUAAAAUUCUGUCCUUGAGUUAAACAGCAGAGGUUCAGUCAGCCAUAAAACAGCGUAAAUAUGAAAUGUGUGCAGGAAUACCAGUUCUGAAUUCUUGAGACAGUCGUCUGAGACAUCACAGAUUAUGGCAACAACUUCUGUGUGUUCUCUUUUUUUCUACACACGAAGGCAUUUAAUUUUUUUGAAAGAUUUUGAAUUCUGUGACAUUGCAUGAUGACUUCAAUGGUGCUAUGGAUUGGGCACCAGAGAAAUAAAAAAAAAAGUUCUGCCUACAGUUGUGACUUUCUCCAGUAUAAAAUAGUCAUUUUGUCCCAAACAAACAACUGAGAGCAUUUCAAAGGACUAUUCCACUAACGUGACUUUAUACAGUGCUAUUUGCAUUUAAUAUCUGUUUAACCUGUAUAGCUGUGUUACAGUAAAAUUAGUCCUGACUAAUUCUGUGAAUCGGGGUAUACUAGCCAUGUUGUAGAAUUGUGAGCUGGAAAAGUUGGUACAUGUUUACAAUGUGAGUCUGAGACAAAAGUUUUGUUAUGGCUUGUCAUUUUAAGCUCUAUAGUUUUAAUGAGGAUAUGAAUAUUAUUCAGCUUGAAAUUGACUCUAAAUUUCCCUGCUUUAUUAGCUGUAUUGUAUUUGUGAGCUCAACUUAUUUAGAUAUGUGAUGCCAGUUUUUUCAUGGGUACCCUGCUAUUUGUUGACCAUGCUUUGUCUUAUUAUGCUCAGGGCGAUGUGAAUAGUGAAUUUAUCCACUAGUAGUGAACAAAACAGCUUUGUUAUACAUGAAUUUCUGUAGAUGUCACACACCUAUGUUCUGUCAUCUUAUCAAAUUGUGAUGUAUAAAUUAUAUUUUUACAAGACAUCUGUUUACAAUGUCCACUUGAUCACAAGUGCUUUGGACUUUUUUUCUUUUGGAAGCUAGUGCUGAAAGUUUUUCGUGCUGACAGCAAUAUUGUAAACACGGCAUUGCGAGCAGAAGCAGCUUUUAGAAGUGCACAAAUUUAAUAUUAUGGUACGAUCUGCCAAUUGCUUACCCUUAUGAAAGAGUGUCACAGUUCCACCUUUGAAUGGGCCUAGAAAAAGUAGUGACCUACUCACUGAAAUGCUACUGCUCUAGAACAAGGCCACAAACUGUAGGUCCUGGUCUGCCAAGUUCCAACAAGUAAUGAAACAAGUGUGAAUCUGCUGUCAUUUUGAAUUUUUUAUCAUUUUAUAGAAGACAAAGUGGCCAGUGUUGGCAUCUUUCAUUAAAAGUUUGACAUCAA